AUGCCCCCAGUGCAGCAGAUUCAGUAUGGUCAAGAACAGACCAACUUUCAAAAAUUUAAAAUGGGACUUAUGAUGGGCACCUGUGUCGGGGUAGUCACGGGUGUUCUCUUUGGUGGCUUUGCUGUCAUUACCCAAGGUCCUGGUCCUAAUGGUGCCAUGAGAACCAUUGGUCAAUAUAUUGCAGGAUCUGCAGGUACCUUUGGACUCUUUAUGUCCAUUGGUUCUGUCAUCAGAUCUGAGGAGCACGAAUUGCUGACGCCAAUGCAAAAGUUCCGAUUGAGACUUUUGGAGCAACGCUACAAAUGA